ACGGAGGUGCAGUGUUUGGGUCAGCUAAUAAUCACGUUUGGGAAAUACAACGGGAAAUCUUUCAAAUGGCUGGUGGAAAAUGACGAUGGAUACAUUAAAUAUGUCCUUGAUCGCCACGUCAAAGAAUGCCGGCAUCCUGAUAAUAUAGCCAUCAAUGACCGGUGGAUAAAGGACUACCUCCUGAGGUAUGUGCAGCUGCUUCCACCGGUAUCCUGCCACCUCGAGAUGAACGUGGACAAGGCCAUUUAUGGGCAGGGACGGUUCAGGUCGUUCACGUUCAUGGAGAUGUGGCAGUGGUACAGUCUGCACAAGGUGUUUCAGACUGUCCCGCACAGUGGGACAGAUCAAGAGCGAAAGAUGGCUCAGGAGGCGUACUGCUCUGUGCGGCAGUGGCUGGUGAUGAAGGAGGAGGACAUCACCACCAAAUCCCUGAAGCGCUUCAGAAAAUAUAUUCUCGAUAGAGAGAAGCCUUCAUCUGAUGCCACUCCUGCUGCUGCCACUUCCAGCUCUUCAAGAAGAGAACCGGAAUCAGAAAGAGCUUCAUUGCCAGUUUCCCCAGCAGCAGCUGACACCUCCCACUCGUCGUGGUCCGAUGACGCUCUGGACGACUCCGUCUUUUUGGAUGCUCUCGUCACCUUUGAGAGCCAAGAGGAGCUCUUUCCCAUCUCCACAAGCCAGCCUGUGUCGGUAGGGGUUCCCGAACAGCCGCCAUCAUCCAUCAGCGUGCCAGCAACCCUAGAGCAUCUCGAGCAGUCUCCUCGGUCUACCAGCAAGAAGGAAAAGCACAGAAAGCCGAAGAAACCCACGCUGUCCUCGCUUCAGGCCUCCUGUGAGAGUCCCAAGCAGCAGACGCUGCUCCCAUUCUUAGCGCCCGGUCAGUCACCCUCUGGUGCUCGUCCCAAGGAACUGCCGUCGACCUCCACCAGUGUGCCAGCAACUGGAGAGCGUCCCGAGCAGUCUCCUCGGUCUUCCAGCAAGAAAGAAAAGCACAGGAAGCAGCUGAAGCCUACGCUGUCCUCGCUUCACUCCACCAGUAAGGCUGCCUCUUGUGAGAGUCCCGAGCAGCAGACGCUCCUCCCGUUCAUAGUGCCUGGUCAGUCACCCUCUGAUGCUCGCCCCAAAGAACCACCAUCGACCUCCACCAGCCAGCCUGUGUCUGCCACCCCUUUGUCACAAAGUGACUCUCCUGUGGAGCUGGAAGGCUGGGUGCGGCUGUGGGAAGACCCCAAUGGCAUCCCAUCACCUGACAUCCCCUGGCUGAAGGAGGACAGCGAGAGAGGCCUCUUUACGUCCGUCCAAACCUACAAGGACAUCAAGGGCGUCAUUAGAAGGCGGCGGAUCCUGAAGUCAGACCGGAUGUGGUUUUACCCCCCUGAGUCACCCGGCUUCGUUAGCGGCGCCAUCCCCACUCCACAGGCCUUUUACCGCAGCCGGUUUUUCUUCUGGCGCCCCAUCGGAGUGUGGCGGUGCUCCCUGAAAUGUCCCCGUGGAGAUAAGUGCGCUGGGGCCGGAGGCAACACACACCUCUCCAAGUCUGGUUACCAUACCCGGGUACGUCACAUCUGUGAUGUGUCCGGUUGGUACACCAUGGCAACAGAGGUGGUUGUCUGUGGACCGUGCCUCAAGGCUGCCAGGGGUGGAGCGAGUGGUCCCAUGGGUCGGUGGCUGGCCUGGGACGAUGUAAUAUUGCAGCAGCUGAGCGAGGCUCAUCGGGCCAUGUUUCCGGCCGUGUUGACUGCAAAGCGUGGGGUGGACAAAACAGUACUUCGCCUCCUGCGUGACCGCACAGAGGGAAACACCAUGAUCAAAGUGUGGCGGCAGGUGCAGGAGAACCACAUGGAGAACUACCAUCAAAGGAAGGACCUGUACACCACGCUCCUCAUGGCCUUGGUGGAACCCGGCGGAAUCGUGUCUGCGUUGGGUCACGGGGAGUUCCAGGCGCCACCUCCUCCCAGAGAGCUACCCUGCACGCGGCUCCUGCGGCACGCCUUCCUCCUGGCCGAGGCGGACAACGUGCAGGACUACCGAAGCCAGAUCCUCUCCACGUUCGGCACAGUCCUGAAAAUGGAUUCCACAAAGAAGGUGGUAAAGAAAUUGUCUGGGGAGGGCAAGGGCUCGGCCGAGUGGUUCACCAGCAUCAGCAACGAGUACUCGCAGAUCGUGUCUUUUGUUCUCACCUGCGAGGAGUCCUCAGAAAAGCUGGGGCCCAUGUGCCGUGGCGUGGUGGAGCGGUUCCGGCUUGCCAAUCAACCGACACCCAAGAUCCUGUAUAUCGACCGGGGAUGCUGCAAGGCACAGGGUCCGACAGCCGUGGAGACGCUUUUCCAGCCUUGGGUGGAUGAUGGGAUGGUGGUGAGGCUGGACAUUUUCCAUUGGUUUCACCGCUUUGAUGCUGCUCUGCGUACCGAGGCCCACGCAAAGUACGCCGCCUUCAAGUCUGCGCUGGCCGGGCAGUGCUGGCCUAUAACCGUGAGGACCUCCAGCUCCUCAUCAGGGCUGUCAGGGCCAGAGACCCGGUCACAAUGGAGGUUGUGACAGACGAGAAUGUUGUCCGUCGUUACAUCUCCCGGGACCACCUCAAGCAUCAUGUCCGGCGUGUCACCCUCGGAGCCCAGGAGACAUUUCGUCUUGUCCACCUAGUAAUUCAAGAGCUCAAGGGUCUAGCAGGGUUCGACGAGAGCGGGGUCAGCCUCUUCAAGU